AGAAGUUGUUGGCUACUUGAGCAAUUUUCUGCAUGCAAGUUUUAUGAACAAGACCAACGCCAUGGCGCAAACGCGAUAUCAAGAAGUAAGAAGAUCAAGAGGGAAUAUGAAUAAAAGCACAUCAAAAGCAAGAGCCAUGUCCUUUAGGAUGAGGAAACCGCGUGUGGCCUCCCGCACUGCCCUCCAGUUUGCUACUUUAGCCGCAUUGACUUCGACGAGAGCAAACGUCACUGGUGGCCCACGUGCUACAUACCUAGACGAGGACUUGCUCCAUAAUUAG